CACAGGCACAGACCGAUGAACGGCAGGCCGGGUGGUGUGUGUGUGUAUAUGUGUGUGUGACAGAGAGGUGAUGCUCGGCGUCCCGAUGCUGCUCCAGCCUCGGAGUGUGGACUGACGGACCAAAAGUAGAAGACAGAGCCGUCCUCCACUAUUAUUAAAAUCAGCUGUUAUUUUUAAAAGCGUUUUACUGAAGGGAUGCAGUCGCAGGGCAGCACCUCCUCUCAGCCCUCCUUUGAUUCCCUGAGCUCCAGUGACAGCCUCUUGUUCAGCGAUUCAGAGCAGGCAGAGGACGACACAGACGUCUUCCUGACAGACAGCUCUCCCUCUGUCAUCAUCGGGGGGUCGGGCGGCGCGGCAGCAAGUGGAAAUGGGGGGUCAGACAGUCCCGGGUCACAGUGGACGUGUGACGGCUUCACCGACAAAGAGGAAGAGGAGGACUCGUACAGGUCACACAGCGGCGGCAAAGUGGCUCACGUCAGCCUGGGGAAGACUGAUCCGGCGAGGCAGACCGCAAAAUCACAAGGAGAUCUGCUGUUUGCUCAGAAGUGUGCUGAGCUGCAGGGUUUCAUCAGGCCCCUGCUAGAGCUGCUGAAUGGACUGAAGAGGGGCCGAUUUGACCGGGGCUUGAGUAGUUUCCAGCAGAGCGUGGCGAUGGAUCGUAUCCAGAGGAUUGUGGGGGUUUUACAGAGACCUGACUGCGGGGAGAAGUAUCUGAACACUCUGCUCCAGGUGGAGAUGAUGCUAAAACUUUGGUUUCCCCAAAUUCCCACUCAGCCUGUGUCUACAGCCUCCAGUGUCGCCACAUCCCCUGCCCGAUCCCUCCAGGAAGCUUCCGGCUCCACCCCGCCGCACAAACACAGGGAUCAGUUACAUAUUCCCGUUAAGAAGCGCAGACUCAGCUGGACGGGUACAGACUCUCCCACGCCUUCCCCUGUACCUCUCAAGUCUCCCUAUAUCAGCACAGGAGAAAACAGGGUGAAGUCUGAUCGCAGAGAAGGUAGACCUUCUUCCUCCCCAUCACUAGCAGCUGAUUCAAAUCAGAGUUUGGCACAUGCAGCCAGCAGCAGUCAGCUAACUGAUGACAAAAAUGACGGAAAAGACAGAGAAGGCAAGGAACCAGGGAAGGUGUCGAAGUACCAAGCGGGUCAGAGCUCUAAGCCGAGCCUCACGUGGGUUCAUGUUGCGCCCAUCCUGUCCCCGCGAAAUACUUGCCUCUCACACGAUGCCCUCACAGCCAGCAGGAGGGGGAGCCCGGCUACACAAGACAGCUCCAUCUCCUCCACCACACCUUACAAGCAUCCCAAAAAUCUGAAGAAGCCAAUCCGGUGCCAAAGCCAGCCUGUUGCUGGACAGCAGAGUGAGAGGGGGACCACUGAGACAACUCCGGGUGAAAGCCAGUCUCCUCCUGUUACACUUAAGCCUUUGCCUGGGGCGUGUCCCACCAGCUUGAAGACCUGAUGUACUGAAUCAGCAAAAGAACUGGCAGCCUUGCUUUGUUACACCACUGGGCUAAAAGCUGCUGCGACAGGAAGAAGGGAAGAGGCUGAAGGCCUGUGAUUAUACUUGCAUUAAUGAGAGGAAGUGAGGAAAGAAUUGUUGGUGAUAGAUGUUGAAAACAAUGACGGAUAAAAACAUAACCUAUCAUCCAGACCACAGUUAAAACAGACAUUUCAAACAACAGGACAUAAACAAGAACCGUUAUCACACUUAUAAUCGAAACUCGUGCGGAAAGGUGGUUGUCAAGGUUCAAAAGCAAUGUACAGGUAACGAGAGACACUCUAGAGUAUUUAGAGGAGUAAAUGAUCGCUCCUCUUCAGCAUGAAGGCAAUCGAUACAAAAAGAAGAAAUAUUUAUGUAGGUGACUGUUUCAGCAGACAUCUAACUUGAAAGAAACUGUCCGAAAAUGGAACAGCCGAUGUCAGUAAUCAAAAUAAAACCUUCCAGUGUUUAUUUUGAUGUGGUUGAUGAGUGAGCUGAUUCUAGUCUUGCAGCAGAAGACACGUUUUUCUCUACGUUCUUUUGAAUGGCUUGAAGAGGAAAAAGCGACACUGGGGUAACUAAAAAAAUCUUGUUGCUAGUGAUGUGAGAAAUGAGGUGUAGUGCGUGCCGUGUCGGAGCCAUUGGAGACGGUGGAAAAAUGACAUCACAACUCACGAUUGUAAUCCAAGAAUUGUUUGGACACUCGGCUGGCAGAUCAUCAGCAUCGAGCAGGAGUGACAUCGCAGCGACCGGUGGUCACAUAACUUUUCCUGUAAUGCCGUGGAUCAGAUGUUUCCGACGGCAAACCGACUGGCAAUCAGUCUCAUUACAAUCCAAGACUUUUAAUAGACCAGCGUAUGGAGUUAACAAGGACCACUAAAAGACAUAUGUCUCUUGAUUCAAUUACACAGUUAAUUUAUUCAUGUGUUGAUCUGAUACUGCAUCUAUUUAUUGUUUGUAUUUAUUGGGCAGCUUAUCACCUGCUGUGCGCUUGCAUAGUUUGGCCUACAGUUCUUUUGAGGUGACUGGGAAGAUGCUGUUGACAUUUUUUGUGUUUUUUAUUGCUAUCGUGAGGAGGGCAAAACAAAAAGGACGUGAAAUCUUAUGAUUGGUCUCUUGGACUACUGUGCCUUUUUUACCAAAUAGGAUGUGUUUUUCAAAAAAAAAAAAAAAAAA